AUGCCGUACACAAUUCUUUAUAUUGGGGUACUGGACUGGGAUCUAAAUAAAACGGACCCUCACGCGGAGGACAUUGAAAAGUACGUAAAAUCCCUUAACAGCGAGGCAAGAUUUGUGCAUUUCUAUCCUGUAACAGAAGGUUAUUUCAUAGAAAUCAAUGCUGACAAUAACUCCGAGGAAGGCCCUGAAUGUGUGAUUGUCGCUGAUGGCGAGCGAAUCCCUGCCGAAUCGAUUAAUUCCGUGUGGUAUCGCUGGGGAGUUGGAUGCCGUAAAAUAUCAGAGGAUGAAGACCUCCACAGUAAGGCUUUUUGUUGAUAAUUUUGAAGUAAAAACACCCUCAUCGACAUGCGCUCUUUCCUUUAUUAUAACGUAUUUGAUAAAACUUUGGGGCUUAGAAUAGGCAAACUCAUAUGACAUAGUUUAGGCUGAAGUUCAAUUAAGAACACUGUAUUCGUAAUUCCAACGUAAAUGUUGGCGUAAAUGUCUCGCUACACAUGUACCUUUUUAAAUUUCUUCAAAGCACACGUGUACCAAAUGAAUACUCCACAUGACUCGGCCGUGCUUCAAAGCAAAGUGCAGCACAUUGAAUAAUUAACGAGAUUGGGAUGAGGCUUUCGUUAGCCUGUGACCAGGCUCCACGGGGGGGAAAAAGGCAAAAAACGGGGUCAAAUAGGAAAACACUCUUUCUCCUCCCCAGACUACCUCUUGGCUCUUUUUUUUUCGCCCACGCCGAUUUUUUUCUCCUUUUUCCCCCGAUGCAGGGCCUGGUCCCAGACUAGGCUUUCGUAUGAUCUAAUCCGCCGAGGCCGAUAACAGCCACAGCCUCCUCGAUCUGUAUUAUUCUUCAGAUCAUGCGAAAACCUCAUCCAAUAAUUCAUUUGUUACUCAUUUAAAAUAAUAUAUGCCUAGUUUAAACUACAAACAAAAACAGUCAUGCUUACCUCGAUCGACUUAAGUUAUCGUCUUCAUUUCCCUGAUUCUCGGCCAGUCCAGGAUUUUAAAGGGUGUUUAGUCCACCAGUUAUUCUUCAAAUAGCAGUUGUCUUCCGUCGAGUUUUAUUUUUUUCUGCUUUUACUAUAUUUUCAAGGAGCAAUUCGGCUUUUCAUUUUCUUUUUUGCAAAACGUGUGAAAUUUUCGCCAUUUCUUCCAGCUCUACUAAAAAACCACGCGUCAUCUUCCACAAGGUUCAAAGUUGUCCUUGUUUGCCAUCCCUUUUUCUCGCGUUAACCUUUCCUUUUUUCAUCGGAUACCGCUAACGUCUUUCAAAUUUGGUCAACGCUAGCCGGUUUUGAACAAUUAGCUAAGAGAUUUGAGCCAAUCAGAAACGGGAAAAUAUUUUUAAAAAAUAAUAGUAGUAGAAAAUAAGAUGGCAUAAUAAACAGUACCAUUCCGAAAGCAAACAAGUUUUUUACUCAACGGAAGGGAAUCAAAUCCCAUCUCGACGGCAGUCCUAAUAUAUGUAAAAAAAAGCAACUUGGCGGACAGAUUUUGCAUUCACUUCUUCGUCCAUAUAUAUUUCAGCAUGUCCGAGGUAUUAAUCGCCCCCAGAAUAAGAACUUCUAUCCAGCUCAGGCAACGUUUCACAAUUAGAUGUUUACAUUAAAACCGUUUAUUUACCUUCGAGAAUAUGUUAUUUUAAACUGUUCUGUUUAUUUAUUCAUGUAUUGAGUUAUCUCCACAAUCAUCUCGAAAGCCUAGAUUCAGGGAUAAUAAGUGGUAAUUUAUCCACAUGACCCAGAUAAAAAAACGUAGUAGUUUUAUUCUAAUCCAACAGACGUUUGGUAACACAUUUAAAAUCUUAAAAUAAAAAAGGUACAAAAGUCCACCGAGAGAGAUUGCCACUCAUUUUUCGUAAUUUUAGCAUGCAUCGCCAAAGAUUUCGCGUGGAGAGAAUGGUGGUCAGUAGUCCGUUCCCUGGAGUCCUAUCUCUCUCAUGCGAGAUGGAUGAACCCACUAAGUUCUACGGGCAUUGUGGAUUGCAAGCCAUAUCAGUUGUUUCUAGCGCAGGAAGUUGGGUUGACUGUGCCGAAAACCACCAUCACAAACAACCCGGAGGCCGUGUCAAAAAUGUUCGACAAGGCGGAUAACGGACGAGUCGUAUUCAAAACUCUGACAAGGCUCUUCAUACCGCCAGACAAGCAAGUUCUAACAAGGGAGAUACAAAGAGAUUUUACGACCCAGUCCCGGAUUAGCAUUACCAAAUGUCCGGCAAUUUAUCAGGAACUGGUGGAAAGAAGGUCUGAUUUACGCAUCACAGUGGUUGGAGACAAGGUGUUCCCUGUUCGCAUUGACUCGCAGGCCCUCGAUGAGGAAAGAGAUCGCUUGGAUUGGAGACGGUGCCAAGAAAAGGAACACCUUUACACCAAAGUACAGGUACUGCUUUUUCCACUUACGCAUUUUAUGGUCAAAAGUAUUUUAUUUCAGUUCAAAUGUACACCUUCUUGCUCUCUUUUCGUUAGAUCAUUUCCAGAUUAAACCGUGAUACGGCCAGAGCUUUGGAUAGCCUCCGACGCAUGCGUUUUUAGGGAAGUCGUAUUUCCUCCCUCAAACGCCUGCGUGGGAGGUUAAGCUUUGGAUCGGUAAAGAUUGGUAGCACGGUCACGGCACAUGUGUGACACACGUGACUCACGCACUAGAGAUCUCAAGUUUGCUCUAAGGGAAAAAAAUUUUGUAAUACCCGGCAUGGCAGCAGCGCAAGCGUCUGCAAGAAAAGGGGAAAGGGAUUCCGGGCGCGCGAGAAGCGCGAAAAGCGCACGAGGGGGCAGCCACGCAGGCUAGAAGAAAACAAGCAAAAAUGAAAUUAAAAGCCAGAGCUCUGCUUUAAAGCUGAUCAAUGUGAAAUGUAGCUCGUGACAUAAACUAAGCCAGUUGUUUGUUGCAUGGGAUAAAAAAAGUUAUCUUGCAACUUCAAUGAGCCAUUGGUGCACAUUUUGUCUUCUCCAAUUUAGAAAAUUUAACAAUGCUAAAAUGACCAAUUGUCUCCCACGAAAUAAAAUGAGUUCAAAAAAGAGAUCAAAUACCCUGUAGUUUUUUUACGUUUAUAUUUCUUUGGCCCAGUCGGUAUAUAAUGGCUUAAAAAAGCGGCCUAAUAUCAAAACCUCUUAGUUCACAGCGUACAAUUGCAAUGUUAUACUGAAUUCCAUUGUCUCCUUACAGCUACCUGAAUCAUUCACAGACAAGCUACUACAAUUCCACAAAAGAGCUGGCCUGGUUUUCGCUGCGUACGACUUCUUAGAACGAGGAGAUGAAUUCAUAUUUCUAGAGAGUAAUACAGAUCUCUCCGCCUGGCUGUGGUUGGAGGAAUUUGUUGGUAUAAAUGUGUCCGAGAACAUGGCACGCUAUCUCUUAGGAAUGGAAUAACCCAAUUCUUUAUUAGUCAUAAAUUGUGAAGACCGUAUUUAUUCGAUUAACCGCCCAUCCUGUGUGGAGGAAACGUUGAUAAGCGCCCAACACCCUUCUCCCUAAAAAUACUGAAGUCCACGAGAGUUUUAAUUAUUAUUUCUUUACUGCCAAAUCUUCUUCUGGUCGACUGACCCAUUUAGAGACGUUACGCUGUGAGAUAUCCACGAGGCAAUACCAGAGAGUUCGCUUAUUGACCUUACUGACAAUGAGAUAGAAAUCGACUAAGUACUACCACUAAGAGACCUCCUGAGGACCGAGUUCUGAAUCAUUUUUAAAAUAAACUUUGAAUGAACAGUUAAUUCUGCUGAGGUACAUCUUAACGUUUUGUUAUUAUUUACUGCUUUGUUGGAAAAUUAACUUACCACUUGCUGAAAAUAAUAAAAAUUUAGUAAGCGCUCGCCUCGAAAAGCCGCCUACUCUCAAGGCCCAAAAAUUUAAUAAGCGCCCAGGACGCCUAAUCGAAUAAAUACGGUGAAUAUGUAAGGGUUGAAGAUGACACUGAAAUAUAUGGAAUUGUGAAUUCUUUUAGCAGUGAAGAGUUCAAUAUAUAUUUUUUGAAAAUUGGUAUCACUUUUUUUAACUCGUCACGUACAAAAAACACUUAAACUAAUGACUAAAACUAACCAAAAACACUUUAAUUAAUGACGAACCUUCAAUAAGAGAUCCAAAAACGAUACUCUAAACAAUUCAAAAGAAGGUAAAUACAAUUUAAAUAACCACCGGCAGUGAGCUUUGGAAGUUAGAAUAUUUGAGGGCCGCGAGAUUGGGGAUUUUAGUGUAAAAGGAAGCAAGCGAAACUCACGAUUAAUUCCAUAAAUAGGACACGCCAUUUGGGCAUUUCGCUUCGAUCAACAAGAAAAGUGUCCUGUACCUUCUAAAACGCGGUUAUAAACGAAAAAAACGCUCAAAAACUUCACACAUUAAAGUUAUCGUCAUUUCUCCCGCCCCCAUCUUCUCAUCCGUCAACUGUAACUCAAACAUAUCCUCUUUUUUGACUACUUGCCACUAGUUUUCCCAAUAACCCCAGUUCUGACUUAUCUCUGGUUGACUGACACAUCUAUCUACUAACUACGUUAUUAAAUGAAAUUUUCGCGACAUGUUUAUUUCGCGAUUUUGGUCUGCGCGUAUUUCGCGACACUUAAAUCUCGCGAUUUUUGUUGUAUCGCGAAAUUCGCGAAAUUAACGUGUCGCGAAAAUUUCAUGUAACUAGAGGUAAUCAUUGAUUACGGAUCCGUGUUCGUCACUCGAGUCGAGAGGACUCCCGUUUCCCGGCCGAGAUUCCUCUGAUAAAAUCAGCAGCGGCGGCUAAUCGGCAGUCCUCCCUGAUACCUCGAAAAUUUGUAGCUUUGUACCACAGGACAACCAAGAUUAGGAUGCGUUCUGACGAAGGCGAUAACGCAACUACAAACCGUAGCCUGCAUAACAUGCGCGUAUUUUGCCUAGUGCGAGGCGUAAGAUCAAGCACUACGCCCUGACUAGGCUCUGGGGCUUCACGCUUCCAUCUGUUUCUCGGCCUGCAGGGCCGGGCUGCGAUUUCAAGGCCUCUAUCCAAUGAAAGAUCUCUCUCGGAGGAUGUUAUCCAGCUCAGCCUUCAGCCUCGAUGGUUAACAUCCUCCUAGAUCUGCAUAAUUCUUCAUAUCCAACUCAACCUCAUUCAACAAUUACUAAUCAAACAGGCUAUACGCAUGCGCAUUGGCCCAUUGGAUUUUUCUUGUUACGACAACUAAAUGCAACGGCUAUACGCGUGUAUGUUCCAAAUAAAUCCACCCGAAGUAAAGCACGUUAUUACCGAAGACAAGGCAAAACGAGUUUCCAUAUAACUGCCAUUAGUAAGGCUCAAUAGUUCCCUUUGACCAGUAUACUACCUGAAAUAAGCAGCAGAAGGAAGGAAAACUUUCCUUCAAAAAUAUCCCUCUGAGUUUAUGAAAGACGGAUUAAUCUUUGAACUGCGUAUUUAUUUCAAC